AGAAGGUUGGGAAUUAUAGAAGUUGAUUAUUUUGGACUGCAGUUCACUGGCAGCAAAGGGGAGAAUUUGUGGCUGAAUUUGAGGAACAGGAUCUCCCAGCAGAUGGAUGGUUUAGCGCCUUAUCGAUUGAAGUUAAGAGUCAAGUUCUUUGUAGAGCCGCAUCUUAUCUUACAAGAACAGACAAGGCAUAUGUUUUUCUUGCAUAUUAAAGAAGAUCUUCUUGCUGGCAAUCUUCAGUGUUCUUCAGAGCAUGCAGUUGAACUUAGUGCAUUGUUGGCACAGACGAAGUUUGGAGAUUAUAACCAGAAUACUGCCAAGUACAAUUAUGAAGAGUUGUGUGCAAAAGAGCUCACCACUACCAUUUUGGAGAGCAUUAUUGCCAAGCACAAGGAGCUAGAAGGUCUAAGUCAAGCUUCUGCUGAAUACCAGGUUCUACAGAUUGUUACAACACUGGAGAACUAUGGUGUAGAGUGGCAUUCUGUGAGAGACAGUGAAGGACAAAAGCUCCUUAUUGGUGUUGGACCUGAAGGCAUAUCCAUGUGUAAAGGUGACUUCAGUCCUAUCAACAGGAUUGCUUAUCCUGUUGUUCAAAUGGCAACUCAGUCUGGCAAGAAUGUAUAUCUGACUGUGACCAAGGAGUCCGGUAAUAGUGUAGUUCUCUUGUUUAAGAUGAUCAGUACAAGGGCAGCAAGUGGACUCUAUAGAGCAAUUACAGAGACGCAUGCAUUUUACAGGUGUGACACUGUCACCAGUGCUGUCAUGAUGCAGUAUAGUCGAGACUUAAAGGGCCACCUAGCAUCUCUAUUCCUGAAUGAAAACAUUAAUCUUGGUAAAAAAUACGUCUUUGACAUUAAGAGAACAUCAAAAGAAGUUUAUGAUCAUGCACGGCGAGCUCUUUAUAAUGCUGGCAUUGUGGAUCUUGUUUCAAGAAGUGACCAAACCCCACCAAGUUCCCCCCUUAAGUCUUCGGAAAGUAGCAUGAACUGUGACAAUUGUGAGGGCCUUAGCUGCCAACAAACAAAAGCUCUGCAAGAGAAGUUGCGGAAGCUGAAGGAGUCCAUGCUUUGUAUGGUGUGUUGUGCAGAAGAAAUAAAUUCAACCUUUUGUCCCUGUGGCCACACAGUAUGCUGCAAGACCUGUGCUGCCCAAUUACAGUCAUGUCCUGUUUGCAGAUCUCGUGUAGAGCAUGUCCAGCAUGUGUACUUGCCAACCCACACCAGUCUUCUCAAUCUGACUGUGAUAUGAUCUCCGUAUACACUUUAAACCUGUCAUGUACUGUUUAAACUGCACUAAGGUGAAAUGCAACCAUUGAUUGUGAAGAAGGCAAUUGCUCUGGCACCUAUCCACGAUCAAAAGCAAGAAUACUGCAUUUUUGAACAUAAAUACUCUUUGUUCAGCAUGUCCAGAAUGGUUUGGGACAUCCUUCGAGACCAGAAGGGCAGUUGACUCAUGUUACUUAAAAGAAUGAUGCAUAGGUUUGUAGCAUGGUGGCGUUGCCGGAAAGCUGGGUAACCCUGGAGAAGUGUGGUGUACACGAAUUGAUAUACUCAGCGAGAGCAGUGCGACCUUUGCUUUUACACUUUAAAUCCUUUUUAGUACAGUCACUCCAUUUAUUUUAAUAGUAAGACUAGCUUUUACAAAUACCAGUUUAGUAUGGCUCAUAGUUUCUGCUUUUAGUAAACUACUUUA